AUGAUUAUGCUCUAAGAGGUGAAUGCUGUCUUGGAAUAGGUGAAAUAUGCUAAGAUGGACGACACAAAGCGGCAUCGCUUCACCAAGAACUGCAUCAGCUGGCUACAAACCAGGCGGACCGGUAAUGUCCCCCGAUGGUUCGAUGGAGCAAGCCGUCCUCCCUUUCGAACAUCGGACGUGCGGCUAAUACUUUCCCAUAAUUCACGAUGCGUUUCGUUCCCAAGCGAGGAGCAGCUGCUUUAAGAGCAGCCCCCAGCUUUGUUCCCUCCCCAACUCCCCGCUCCUGCAGAUACAGAAUACUGAAGGCAAUCACCUGCACGACAAAAAUCCAUACUACCGUUGAGGACACUACCUCAGGGUACUAGUUUCACUAUGACUGAACCUGAAGUUAAGAAGACUACUCGGCAAGGGCGCACCUCUAUAUCAGGAACCCCCUUCGUUCAGUUCGCAGCUCUGACAACCUUGAAAGCCCUGGUAGCAUCGCGAGUUACCUGUGCUAUACCAGAGGAAGACCUGAAUCAAUGGUUAGAUGAGUGGGAUGGGGAUACAAAGCACAGGCUGGCUUUGGUUACAUGGCACUUUGACUCUCGAAUGCACCCCCCAUGCACAGAGGAACUGAUCCAGUUGGUUUCCGCGGCACAUGACGAUCCUCAAAGCGUGAAAAAGAUCACCACGACAAUAUAUAAGCGGUCUAGGUACUUUCCGCACGAGGACAACACGCACGAGGAAACGCAUGAAGUCUUCGUCUCUACCCUACAAAAUAUUUUGGAAAUGUGCAGAAAACGCAUCAUUGAUCACCCUCUUGUGGCCCGGAUGAAGACUGAUCAGGAGCGAGAAGGAGUUGAGCUUGGAAACUUGAUUAGAGGAUUGAUGCAGUGAAAUAUAGACAUACAAUGGCAGGCAUGUCACUGGGAUGGUCCGCGGUGGGUACGUAUUACGUCAGGUCGUCAGGUCGUCAGGUGGCUAUCUAAGCGGGGUUCGCCUCACUUCUUCUUC